CUUAAACAACCAAAAAACCUCCCUCCCAAGUCAGACAAACUAAAAGUCAAUGGCCGAAAACGAAUCUCCGCCGCCACCGUCGAGGCCCGCGAUUACUCUGCCGCCGGCAAGCUCAUCAGGGAGCUUCUUCACUGGCGGGCCGUCCGCCAGCCCGGGCCCGAUGACUCUCCUCUCCACCUUCUUCCCUGAGAAUGAACCAGACGCCUACUGCCGCUCAUUUUCUCAGCUUCUCGGCGGCGCCAUGCCCACCGUCGGACAGCCGGCCGGCGAGUUUAUGUUUCAGCAGAAUAGGCCGGCGGGGCUGGCGGUGUCUCAGCCGCUGGCAAUGUUCACGGUUCCGCCCGGUUUGAGCCCUGCUAGCUUACUCGAUUCGCCGCAGUUUUUCCCAUCUUCUCAGGGUGUGCUAGGACUUCCUCACCAACAUUUCCUAGCUCAGAUGGCUGCACAGGCUCAUCACUUUCCCAACGAUUUCCCAUCCUCGUCGUCCUUCACUCUGCAACGAGACGCCCCUCCUCCUCGCGUGCAAGAAUCAUCCGAGAUUCCACGCGCUGAUACGAAAUCCCAACCUAGUAACAUGGUUGUUGACAAGCCUGCUGAUGACGGCUACAACUGGCGAAAGUAUGGGCAGAAGCAGGUGAAGGGCAGUGAGUAUCCCCGAAGCUACUACAAAUGCACGCGCGCAGAAUGCCCGGUCAAGAAGAAAGUGGAGCGCUCUUUCGAUGGUCAGAUCACCGAGAUCAUCUACAAAGGGCAGCACAACCACGCCCGCCCUGUUAAGCGUGCUAGAGAUAGCUCGGAGAUGGAGUCCAAGACAGAGCAGGACUCUGCUCCUGAACGUGUGUCGGAGUCAAGUGACAGCGAGGAAGUGGGCGGAGAUGGUGAGGCAGAGCGAGUGAAUGGGAGAGACGAGGAUGAACACGAAUCUAAGAAAAGACGUGUUGAGGAAACCUCGUCGUCUCAUCGUACGGUUACAGAGCCUAGGAUCAUUGUUCAGACAACAAGUGAGAUUGAUCUCUUGGAUGAUGGCUAUAGGUGGCGAAAAUAUGGGCAGAAAGUUGUUAAAGGGAAUCCUUAUCCAAGAAGCUACUACAAGUGCACGAGCCAAGGUUGCAAUGUGAGGAAGCAUGUGGAGAGAGCAGCGAGCGAUGCCAAAGCUGUGAUAACAACCUACGAGGGGAAGCACAACCACGAAGUUCCUGCUGCUAAGGCUAGCAGCCACAGCAGUGCUAAUGCUGCUGCUUCACAGUUGAGACCGCUUGCUGAGAGAUACGGGCGUAACGAGCAGCAAGCUAACGGGAUUCCUCGUAUGAAGGAAGAACAGGACAACAUAUCUUUUUCUCAAAAUGACUGGAAACAUAGCAGGUAAGAGAAGAAGAUGAAGAAGAAGAUGAUGAUGAUCCAUUUUGUUGUUUGAUUAAGUUUGAUUUGACACAAAACAUAUACAAAGAUAGAGACUAGGAUACACACAAAUGGUUUGAAGUUAGUUACAGAAAUUGAGUUGUUUGUAUAUUCUUUGUGAAAACAUGCAUUUGGAAGAGGGAAAAUAAACAAGAUUUGUUAUUUGUUAA